UUUAGACGUUUAGUUUACCGGGGUAUGCUCUGUUCGUGCAGGCUGUACAGCUUCCUCAUAAGCACUGAUCUCUGUUUCUCUUUGUCCUUUUCGAAUUUCGCCUCUCGCUGACCUCCGGUGACGCCACGAGGCAAUCAAGAAUGGUAGAGGAGAACUUGAAAACAGAAAUUCCUGUUGUUGAUCUUGAAGAGAAUGGGGUUUCAGAGCAGUCAAGUGACCUUGUUUCAGCGUUAGACAAGGAUGAUGACGAGGGCAAAGGCAAAUCAAAGCACGUUGGCGCCAACAUGAGCCGACCAAAUACUCGCAAUAAAAAUAAAAGACUGAGACAAGGGGAGAAUGAAGACGUUACUUCUGAAAUUCUGAGGAAAAUUCAUAGAACUGGUGAAAUUACAAAGGAUGAUGUAAAUAGGCUGUACAUGAUUUCGAAGCCAGUUUGUCAAGGUGGCUGCAGGGUAAAUUCUAAGGACAACCCCAAUUGCUUCUGUGGUUUGGCUCCACCACCCAAUGGAAGUCGGAAGUCUGGCCUAUGGCAGAAACUAUCAAAUGUUAUUCAAACACUUGGUCCUGACCCCAGCAUAAAUCUUCGAUCUUCCCCCGGCUCACCUGUUGGUUUGACAAAUCUUGGUGCAACAUGUUAUGCCAACAGCAUUCUCCAGUGCCUGUACAUGAAUCAAUCCUUCAGGAAAGGUCUCUUCUCAGUCGAACAUAAUGUUCUGAAACAACAUCCGGUGUUGGAUCAGCUAGCCCGGCUCUUUGCACAGUUGCAUUCCAGUAAGAUGUCUUUCAUUGAUUCAGCUCCAUUUAUAACGACAUUGGAGUUGGAUAAUGGAGUUCAGCAGGAUAGCCAUGAGUUCUUGACCUUGCUGCUUUCUUUGCUUGAGCGUUGUUUGAGCCAUUCUAUUGUUACAGAGGCAAGAACAAUUGUUCAAGAUCUUUUCCGUGGCAGUGUGUCACAUGUGACCACGUGCUCUAAAUGUGGUAAAGAUUCUGAUGCUUCUUCAAACAUGGAGGACUUUUAUGACCUGGAGUUGAAUGUCAAGGGCUUGAAGAACUUAGAUGAUAGUUUAAACGAUUACCUUAGUGUGGAAAAGCUUCAUGGAGAUAAUCAAUAUUUUUGUGAGACAUGUAAAGCACGAGUUGAUGCGACUCGCAGCAUCAAGCUGCGCACACUUCCUGAUGUCCUUAAUUUUCAGCUUAGGCGUUGUGUCUUCAAUCCCCAGACUUCUACGAAGAAGAAAAUCACUUCUGUGUUUUGUUUUCCUCGGCAACUGAAUAUGCGGAAGAGGCUAUGUGAACCACAUCAAGAUGAAUUGUUAUAUGACUUGUCGGCUGUGCUUAUUCACAAGGGAACAGCUGUAAACAGUGGCCAUUACGUUGCUCAUAUCAAGGAUGAUAAUACAGGGCAGUGGUGGGAAUUUGAUGAUGAGAAUGUCUCAAACUUGGGUCUUCACCCAUUCGGAGAAGGCUCUUCAAGUUCCAGUAGUAAAUCUAUUCAUGCCGAACAGAUUGUUCAUCCAUCUUCCAGUGAAGGAUUGAAUACCUUUGCCAGUGAAAAUCAUAGAAAUGGUGUUCAGCCGCAAUCAUCUGAGUCUACUAUUCCCCAUCAUUCUGAGUUUUUUUCGUCGGUAGAUGCAUAUAUGCUUAUGUACAAUCGUAGACAUGCCAAUAAUGGGGAGAGGAGAAGCGAGGUGCAUUCUGCCGACAUUAUGGAAAUGGAAGUUGAUGCAAAUUUUUGUUGUAAUGGUAUUUCUCUCCCAUCUUAUCUGUUGGAAGAGAUGAAGAAGUGUAAUGCAUCAUAUCUUGAUGCUUGCCAAGAAUACAAGUUAAAGAAAGAUAAAGAGGAGUGUCAUAUCAAAGAACGGAGAGAGGAAGUGCGAUCCAUUCUUUCGGAAGCUCCUGUUCAAUCACUUGAAGAACCAUAUUAUUGGAUUUCCACUGACUGGCUUCGCAUGUGGGCUGAUAACUUAUCUCCACCUAAGAUAGACAACACACCUAUCCAGUGUUUGCAUGAAAAGAUCCCGUUAUCAAAGGUUGGCUUCAUGAAGCGAGUGUCAGCUGUAGCUUGGACCGAACUGUACUCUAAGUAUGAUGGGGGGCCAGAGCUGUCCAACAAUGACCAUUGUAGGGAUUGCCUAAUUGAUAGGGCGCGUACUAUGGUAUCUGCUGACAGCUAUAGGGAUCGCAGAAAGCUAAUGGUUGAUGUUGCAAAGGAUGCACUUGCAAUAAAUUGCCUGGACGGAAGAUAUUUUGUAUCUAAGCCAUGGUUGCAACAGUGGGUUAAAAGAAAGAUCAUUGAUGCUCCCUGUGAAGCUGAUGCGGGCCCAAUAGUUUCCAUUACAUGUCCUCAUGGGCAACUGAUGCCUGAGCAAGCAGUUGGCUCUAAGCGAGUGCUGGUCCCUAGCAACCUCUGGCUCUUCUUUUAUGAAGAUGCCAUUGCAGUGAGACCUGAUGAUAAUUGUGGCUUUCUAAAUUUUACUUCAGAUUGUCUUGAGUGUCCCCAAUGCAGUGGUGAACUUUCAGAAGUUGCAUGCUUAGAGGAUUCCUUGAGGGAAGUGAAGCUUAAACAGCGCCAUAAUCAUGAAAAACUAGCUACAGGAAAAAGUAUUCCUCUAUCAGUGAAUUGCAAGAAUUACUUAGUGCCCUCUUCUUGGCUGACAAAAUGGAGGAACUACAUUAUUGCAAGCGGAAAGAAUAUUGCUGCCCAUGCUGAACCUGAAAUUCUUGAUGGUGUAAUUGAUUCACUGAAAUGUGAAAAGCAUUUACAGCUCCUAGAAAGGCCUCCUGAUCUUGUUUGCAGGCGAGGUUCAAUUUUCCAGAAGGGUUCUACGACAGAUGGAUUAACAAUAAUUAGUGAGAAUGAUUGGCAAUGCUUCUGUGAAGAGUGGGGUUGUGCAGAGGAGAAAGGCAUAUCUGCAAUAAUUGAAAUUAGCAAUGCUGCAGGAACUAAAUUGCCUGGGACCUCUGAAGAGAUCCCAGUAUGUGAGGAUCAUCUGAUUCCUAAUGAUGAAGUAAAUAAUGAGAUUGAGUAUGGACAGCCUGUCAUAAGGACCUCGCCAGAGAUAUGUGAGGAUUGCAUUGGUGAGAGAAAGAGCCAUGAGUUGAUGCAGAAACUUAAUUAUAGCAAUGAGGACAUAUACGUUGUCCUUGUGCGUGGCAAGGAACCUCCAAGAUCAAUCUUAGAAGCAUCGGAGACUGCUUUUGAGCCAGAUCGGCGAGUCUCCAAGCGCUUCCGCAAGACCAGCAAUGGGAGUAUGAUAAAUUUAAAGGUUUCUGGUUCCACGUUACUGUAUCAGUUGAAAAUGAUGAUAUGGGAAUCUCUUGGGAUUGUUAAGGAAAACCAAAUAUUACACAAAGGUUUAAAAGUUAUUGAUCAAGAAGGUGCUACUCUUGCUGACUUAAAUAUUUUCCCUGGAGAUAAGAUUUGGGUGCAAGAUUCCGAAAUUCAUGCUCACCGUGAUAUUGCAGAUGAGCUUUCUGAUGACAAAAUGAAGGGCCAGCAUACUGAGGAAGGGUUUCGGGGGACACUAUUGACAGCAAAUACUUCUUCCCGAGUUGUUUAAUAAUUCUUGAGUUAGCUGAUAUUUUGAAAAACAUAGCAUCCAAAGUAAUUGUGUAGAUAUAAGUAAUAGGCGAACAUGUGCCCCAGUAGUAGAAUUGCAGGGGUGCAACUAGAGAUCACAAGUUCAGUCUUGGAAACAGCCUCUCCACUACGGGAGCCUUGUGCGCGGGCGUUGUUUACCUUUUUUGACUAUAAGUAAUUGGAAAGGACCAUUGUUGAAUCUUUUCCCUAAUCUUGAAGAGCCAGUUGCUAUACUUGGAGCUUUGUGGACUUUCUCUACUUUGAAAUGCUGGUUCAUUGUGUAUACGAAUAGCCUGCAGCAUCUCUGUAACAUUUGUGAAUAGAUGAUUUUCCUAGUGACCUACUUUUUGUGGAAAAAAAAGAAGGAAAAUGCGUCUUUUUUUUCAGGUUUCCUGCUGUGCCAAACUUCUUUUGAGAUUUGAUUUCAGCGCUUUUCACUUGGGACCUA